UUGUGCAUCUUCCAAAAUCCCAUAUUCUUGAUUUCUCAGUAUCCAGACUAUCAUCAUCAUGGGCGUCUUUACUUACUCUAAUGAAUACACUUCCUCAAUACCUCCAGCCAGACUCUUCAAAGCCGUGAUUCUUGAUUCCCACAAUCUCAUUCCAAAGCUUGUGCCUCAGCUUAUCAAGAACAUUGAAUUCACUGAAGGUAGCCAAAUUAAGUACGUCAAGAACCGGAUUGAUGAGCUUGAUGAGAAGAAUUUUUUGUAUAAGUAUAGUUUGAUUGAAGGGGGAGAGUUACUGGAUAAGCUGGAGAAGAUUACAUAUGAGGUAAAAUUUGAAUCCACACCAGAAGGUGGGAGCAAGAACAAGAUGACAAGCACAUAUUACACCAAGGGAGAUAUUGUGCUCACCGAAGAGGAAAUUAAGGCUGGCAAGGAAAGGGUAUUGGGUGUUUACAAAGUGGUGGAAGGCUAUCUCCUUCAACACCCUGAUGCCUAUGCUUAAGAUGCAUCAUAAUGCUCAAGGGUGUAGCUUGCUUUCAGUGUGACAUUGGAGCUUUUGCCUUAAUUGCCUUCAAUAAGGAUAUUUGAUCCACUUCUUAAAGUGGGUUAGCUCUAAUCUUUCUUUUUACCAUAAUAAUAAUACAAAUAGACAACUUUU